ACAUUUUGAAAUGUGUAAACGGAAAAACCGUUUGUUUUGUGUUGUUCUACAAAAAGCAUACAAAAAGUUAGUGGUGCAAGAUAUAAUUGUUUUAUUGAUGAACCUACGUUUAAUUCAAAUAAUUAUACAGUGAUAAUGGAAACUUCUGAUGAAACGGCCAGAAUGCGGCCGAAAACAAUGGCUGAUUUACUUCCAGAACUUACCAGCUUACUAUCUCAAGAUGCUUUAGUUAUGACUGCUAAGAAACUACCUCGAAACCAUCGCACCACCAUGGCAACAGCACAUACGACUGAGAAAUUUAAACCACUUACAAUAGCAGAAAUGAGAGCAGAUAUAGAAGCAAUCAAAAGUACUAGUAAAAAGAAAUUCCAACCACAAACAACAGCUUCCACCAUGAAAAAGAGAUGGAAUGCCUCGUCAAAGCUGGAUAAGAAAGUAGUGAGUCACACCGGCGAUGGCCAGCUGAAGAACAACCCAGUCAGGAAAGUUCUCUACUUCCAGACAAAAACACAGCCUGUACAUUCGAGAGCUACUAUGUUGAAUCCGGAAACACCAAAGUUUCCAAAGCCAGAAGCAAGAGUGAAAAAGCCUUUGUACAAUAUUAAAGCUAAAGAGACUGUGAGAAUAAGUGGUGUCUACAAGAUAUCUGAAACACCAAUAGAUGUAAAGAAGCCAGCAGCAAGUAGGUUCACUAUGGCCAACAAAGAAAACUGUCCCUCCUCCAGAAAUAUUCCAAAAAUCCCCAAUCACAUUGCAGUCAACAAGAAGAUAAUGGCUUCCCCCAAAAAUAUGCCUCAGCUGCCAUCACCCAGACGUAUUCCUCGGAAAUCCAUCGCACCUCGUCAAAUAGUACCAGACACUCCGAAAUCAAAUGACUCUUGGAAGUCAAGUUGUGAUGCAAGUUUCCUCCAAAAAGAAAAGGAAAUACAUGAUACUGAAGAAAAAGCGCAAGCAAUAGCUGAUGAAAAAACAUUAGAAGAUAUAACAGAAGUAUCACCCCCUGUGUCUACACCAUUUAAGGAAUACAGAAAUGUAAAGGAAUAUUUUAACAACUCUAGUGAUGUGGAUACAUCUGCUAAUGACAAUACUAUCAUGUGCUUUGACAAGCCUUCAGUUAAUAAAGCAAUGACUACUGCAAAGAAAGAAGAGAGUGUCAUUGUAUCCCUUUGUGAUAUGCUGAACAAAGCCACUGUCUCAGUAAAUAAUCAUGAAAACACCAAAAGUGAACUUGAGGUAUUAUUAGAAAUACGGAAGGAGACUGAAAACAACAUUAAAUCUCAAACAAAACUGCUGAAAUAUGUGAACAAACUAAUAAACAAGAAGAUCAAUGGUUCAAACUCCCCUAUAGCACUUGAAGACAAAACCCUGGUAGAGGAAAUUCCUGAGAUAAGAAUAAAUGAUGUAAUAAACCCAGAGAAAAGUCCAAUUUUAUGUAGAAGAACAUCAGUCAUUAGGUCACCCUCUAAGUCUCCAUCUUAUAAAAUACCCAAGAAGAAUUCUUGCCUUAGAAAAAAAGUUAUUUACAAAUCUAUGCCGGAAAUGGGCAGUGGCAUGUGUACUCCCAAGAGUAAACUGGAUAGCAGUGAUAGAGCCAUGACUAUGUACAUGAAUAUGAAGGAGAAAAUGAACUUUUUGAACACUCCCGUUGUGAAGCAAAGACCACCCACAGUUCCCGACACUCCCGCGCUGACAUCACACAACCUUCAAAUGCAACUUGACAAACUAUUUAAUCACAGCUAAAACCUUACAUGAAAACCUGACAUCAUCAGAUGGUAUUAGUAAAAAUUACAUUUUAUAAGAUUUAUUCUUAAUAUAAUAUUAAUAUAAUGCCAAUAAAUUGUAUAUCUAAUUACGGAGAAUUUUAUGAAAUUGUAUUGCUACAGGUUGGCAUAGGCAAUGUUUAAUAAUGUUAACUUAGAUAUAUUUGUUUAGAAUACUUUUCGGUACAUAUUAUAAUGAACUAGAUGAGUGUAAUAAUUACUGUAUUUUAUUAUUUUAUGUUUAAUAAAUCUGGGACUGUAAAUACAUGCUAAUAUGGCCUAUUCA